AUGAAACAGAAAGAUGCUAUGAGUACCAUUGUAUGGCGUUUUAUAAAUAUCGUAGCAAGCAAAUACGAAAUGACCGGUAAGAGUGUUUGCAUCAUUGGGGCAGGCGUUAGUGGGCUAGUUGCUAUCAAAGCAUGUUUGGAGGAGAAACUACAGGUCACGUGUUAUGAGCAACAUGACAAACUAGGUGGCGUUUGGUACUACACCGAGGAAGUGAGACCGAACCAAGGUCCAAGUGCGUAUGCCACAUUGGUGACCAAUUCGAGCAAGGAUAUGAUGGCGUUCAGUGAUUAUCCCAUGCCCCCACAAUAUCCCCCGUAUCUUCCAUGGGAGAAAUUUACAGAAUACUUACAAAACUAUGCAGAUCACUUUAACCUUGCAAAACACAUAACAUUUAACACGAAAGUCGUAAGUGUCGAUCCAGUGGAAGACAAGGAAGGACGAUGGAAAGUAUGUGUAUCAAAUGGGGACAGCAAAUCGGAGUUCGAAACCAAAUUCUUCGAUCAUGUCAUAGUCUGUGCUGGUUUCUUCAAAAACCCGGUAAUUCCCGAAAUCCCGGGACUGCAAAACUUCAAGGGCAAAGUAAUGCACACACAUUCUUACCGAUCGCCCGAGGUCUUUAAAGAUAAAACAGUCCUCGUUAUUGGGAAUGCAAAUUCUGCAUCAGAUGCGGCUACCGAUGCUGCGACAUACGCUAAAAAGGCUUAUGUGAGCAUUGGUGAUGGAACAUGGGUUCUGUCGAGAUCAGCUCAGCAAGGACUUCCGCGAGAUUUCAUGCUUCGACGAGUCCUCAUGAAUUUCGCCCCACAAAGUGUGGUCAGUCGCAUCCUCAUGAAAGACUGUAAUACUCGCUUCAAUCAUGAAGCGUUCGGUCUCCAAUCCACACAGCGUCCAAUGUAUGGUUCAGCUGUCAUGGUCAACGAUGAAAUCUCAUAUAAGAUCAUCUCUGGGAAGCUUCAAGUUAAAGCAACCGUAGUGGAGUUCACAGAACACGGAGUGAAAUUGGAGGAUGGAUCAACGCUUGAUGGAAUUGACAUGGUCUGCUUCGCCACCGGGUUUAAGGUCGAUUUCUCCUUCAUGAACGAACAGAUAUUGAAAGUUACAAAUAAGGAAAUUAACCUGUACAAGAUGGUCUGGCCCAUUGAGCAACGAGUUCCCAGUAUUGCCGUGGUUGGCUGCUUCUCCACUGUCGGGGCUCAUACCCCCAUCAUGGAGCUACAGUCAUACUGGGCCGCGCGAGUCUUCAGUGGCAAAUGCAAGCUACCACCUAAAACAGAUAUGAAAAAGUGGAUCGAUGAAACGAUUGAGACACAAAUAAAGAAUUAUGGCAAACUCAAAAUAAAGUUACAUCAACUCCCCUAUCGAGACUCCAUUGCCGAGGAAAUAGGAGCUCUUCCCAACAUUAAGUCUCUUCUUCUUAGAGAUCCUGCUAUGGCGAUGCGAUGUUUCUUCGGACCAGCAUUUCCCUAUCAAUACAGGUUGACAGGUCCAUUGGCAAUAGACGCUGCGAGGGAUUAUUGCAUCAACGCUUACGACAAUACAGUAAACGCAACAAAAACAAGAAUUGCAAGAACCAAACCAGGAAGUGGAAAUGUUGGACUCAUUCUUUUCAUAUUUCUGGCAAUCAUAGCAGUGAUUCUCGCUAUUUUGAUUCGUUGAAAAUGCACUUCCUAAUUCAAUUCAAACAAAUUGUAUUUCAAAGAAAUUGUCGAAUUAAAUAUACAUGUAUUAAACCAAGAACUUACAUUCCUAUUUUAACAUACAAAAUUAAAAACACUUCUCUCCUUAGCUGUACUUUUACUUCUUAAGUAAAGAUGACACCACGGACAUAAACACAAACGUCAUACAGCUAGAGUCUUUAGGCUGCUUGUAUUUACUUUUCAUAUGUAUAAUGUCAAUGCAAUCACUGAACAGAAUAUCUCUCUCAUGUCAUAUCAGAGAUUCACAUAUAAAGACGUAAUAGUUUUACCACUGGCCAACUGACAUAUAUUUAUCGGACAUAUAUAUUUUUAUAUAUUUAUAGGCUGUGUGAUAUAAUGACUAUUUAGAUAUCUUGUUAUAUUUCCUUUACUAUUCGUGCAACUUUUGUUGUUCUAACAUCGCCUUGUAUGUAAAUCGCGUCAUGAAACGGAAUAAAAUAUUUUUGUAUUUAUAUAAUAACAA